AUGUUUAUGGGAAUAUCUCGAAGAGUAUUACCGUUAUGGGACCAAUUUUAUGUUUCGAAUUAUGCUUUCGCAGUAUUAACGAAAAAUCAAUCUAGAAUUAACAACAAAAUAAUUAGUUCAUCAUACAUAACACCUAUUAUUUUCAAUAGAAUAAUUAAUUAUAAUAAAAGUACCAAAUCAUCAACAUCAGCUAUCGAAUAUAAAUUAACUCAUCCUCGUAAAAAAGUUCAUCCAUUACCUACAUAUAAUCUUCCCAUUCAAACGGUAGAAGAAGCUGUCACCAAUAUUCUUUAUAAUACCCCAUCACCAUCACCUGUUCCUCCUAAAAGACAUAUUCUAAAUUGUCUUGUACAGAAUGAGCCUGGAGUAUUGAGUAGAGUUAGUGGAAUUUUAGCAGCUAGAGGUUUUAAUAUUGAUUCAUUGGUAGUGGCUAGCACAGAAGUGAAUGAUUUAAGUAGAAUGACAAUUGUUUUACGUGGGCAUGAUGAUGUUAUUGAACAGGCUAGAAGACAAUUAGAAGAUUUGGUACCAGUAUGGGCUGUACUUGAUUAUACUCAAACCAGUAUUAUUGAACAAGAUUCAACGAUAAUUAAUGAAAUUUUACCAAUUUUACCAUCAACUGCAUUACGACAUAAACAUGCUCAUCUUAGAGCAUUACUUGACCUUUGUCAAUUAUUUGGAGCCAAAAUGGUAGAUGUAGCAACAGAUAGUGUUGGUAUUGAAUUAACUGCUAGACCUUCUAAAUUAGAUGCAUUUAUUAAAUUGGUAAAACCAUAUGGAAUUUUGGAAGCAGCAAGAAGUGGAAUGAUGGCACUUCCGCGUACUCCAAUUCUUGAUCGUCAAGAUAAGAAGUCCUCAUCAGAAGAGAAAGAAGAAGUGGACGCAACAAUGUUACCACCAGGAUGA